AGUCUCUUUGGUGCAGCCCGUGUGUGAAGAUCGCAAAACCGACCCAAACCGCAAAACUCGACGUCGCGCCGUGGAAGGGAAAAAGUGGUGUGUGUCCGUCCAACUUGAAGAAAAGAUCUCCGUGAAGAUCUGUGUCCUGCCCGCUUGAGCUGAUUUGUGUGUGUUCUGCUUGGAUAGCUCCCCGCGCUAAUACAGCUUGCUCGAGUUGUUUUGAGUUGUUCCAGGAAGAUCGCGCGAGGAUCAUCGGAAAAUUUUCCGGUUUCUGUGUGUUAAUUUCACAGUUUAUCGAAAUUUCCCCCCCAAUAGCCGGACGGAAGAAUCGAGAGCGUGUGCGCGCGUACGCGAGGAAGGUCCGUUUACACAAUUUUUCGCGAUUAUUUUUGGAUUCUAACAUCAUCGAACGCCGCCGCGUCCGUGUCGACACCUCGCGCCGGGUUUGAGCAAGAGUAAGAGUAAGGGAAGCUGGUUUGUGUGAAGAUCUGCGCGCUGACCACCACACUCUCGUGAAACACACGACGCGUGAAGAUCGUGAGGUUAUGGGCCAGUUGUUCCGUUGAGCAAGGAAAAGCGCGCCCGUGCAAGAAGUGUGUGGUCAAAGAUCAGUGAUCUGUGCAGCUAGUCGUGAUCGCGAGAGCAAGUGUGUUCAGAGCGCAUAGUUCCAAGUGACAGUGAGUUGAAGCGGGAUGGAGUCUACCGGGAGUAACGCCGGGAUAUCGCCGCUGGACGAGCUCCAGCGGCAGCUGGCCGAAGAUCUGGCCCAGGUGGUCGCGGCGCCGACGCCGCCACCGGCGGCUCAACCGUCGACGAACCUGGUCGCGACCACCGUCAGUACGAUCGUACUCCAGGGUGGUCCGCUGCAGCUGGUGAUCGCGCUGCUCAAGAGCGGCGAACGGUUGUACAUCAAAGUUGCAGAUCUGCUGCCCAAGUUCACAUUUCUGGGUCCCAGUUUGGACGAGGCCUUGAACCUGCAGCGCGAGCACGAGGAACUGCUGAGGCAAAUCCAGAAUCUCCCGACGCCUCUGGAGGAGUUUUACCACAAAGUUCAGGAAAAGAUCGCCGCAAAUGAGCAACCCAAUCCGGUGUUGAUCGAAGAAAUGGCCGCAUCGCUCGGCGCCGUCUGGCAAGACAUCAAAAAGAUGCUCCAGGAAAGGCGAGACAUCGUCCUGUUCAACGUGAGCUUCUUCGAGCGGCUCGGCGAAUGCUACGGUAAGAUGAGCUCGCUGGAGGUGGCCUGCAACGACACAAUGAUCCCGAUCGAGAUCGACGCCGUCCGCGAUUUUCUCGAGUCGUUCAAAACGCUCCGCACAGACAUGCUGACGUCGAUCUCGGCCGCCCUGAAAGUAGGCAACCAGCUGCUCGACCGACUUCGCGAGCUCGCCAACAUCGGAACGCUCGACUCGCGGCCGAACCACAUCAAACAGGAUGCAAUCUACGCCGUGGGCCAGGUCGAGCGGUGGCUCGAAGAUCUCUCCAACCGGCGGAACAACCUCGAACAAGCCUGGCAGUCCCGCAAGACUCAGCUCGAGCAGUGCCUCACGCUAGCGAUCCUCGCCAAAGAACUCGCAGACAUCGAGUACAGUUUGAACGCGUCACGCAACUCCAACCUCAGUUCCUUCACUCUGGGCGACUCGUCCGAACAGGCUCGCGACCUGCUCGACACCUACCAAAAUCUCAAACCGGACGCCCUACUCCUUCGCGAUAAAUCACUCAAAAUUACGAAAGCAACCGAAGAACUCGUCGCCACCGGAUGCUUUGCCGGAGAUGAAGCCUGCGCGAAGGCCUACAGCGUCCUCGCGGCUUGCACAGAAUUCGUCGACGAAAUCGACCACCGAGAAUCGCUGCUCUCGCAAUCGCGAGAAUUCUUCGGACGGGCCGAGAACCUCCUCACCAAACUGACUCAAAUCGAGAUGGAGCUCAGCAACGAUCAGCAACUGCUGACCAUCUCCGAACAAACGCUGCAAGAACUAACCUCGACCAUCACCCAGGUCCUGCAAGCCGGCUACUCGCUAAUCGACGACGUUGGCCGGACCAAGCCGGAAGUGACCGGAGUGCAAACGAUGGUCGAGCGGAUAGAGCAGAAGAAGCUCGUCUUUGAGCGGUACAGUCUGCAGCAAAGUGAACACAACCUGCGGUUGACGGAAGCGCUGAACGAGUUUAUGGAGCGGUACAAUCUGCUGUUCCAGUGGAUGGCCGACGCGCGGAAGGAGCGCAUCGAGCAGGGAACCGGCAUUCACCGGAUGGGGGAAAGCCUGGCGGAGGCGAAGGAUUGUUUGCUGUUGCAUCAUCAGCUUCUGAAUGAUUUGGAGAUCAAAGGCAACGCCAUCAACAACCUGCUCGCCCGGCUCACCCCCAGCCUGGAGUAUCUGGAGGACGGGCAGCGCGAUGACGUCCAGCAGAAGGUGGACCUGCUGCGCCAGCAGUGGAUCGAGCUGAAGAACUACGUGAUCGCGCGCGUUGACCUGCUCAAGCUGUACAUCCGGUUCCACCAGGAGGCCGAGACGGUUCGCAACCUGUUCGACGCGUACCAGAUCCAGCGGGACACGUUCCGCAGCGGCGAGAACGACAAACCACUGCUGCAAGCCGCCCUGGACAACAUCCGGCAGCAGCUGGCCCAGCUGGGACCGCUCGGCGGGCAGUUCCGGGAGUGUGCCGCCAAGGUCGCUUCGGAUCCGUAUCUGCAGCAGGCCCAGGCCGUGCAGUGCGUCGAACGGACGCUGGCCGAGCUGAACGCGCGCCAGUUGGCCGUCGGCAAUGAAUGGGACCGCUGGAACGCCCAGCACCACACCGAAGCAGUACUGAACGACAUCAUGGCCGCCAACAUGGAGACCCUCGCCGCGGCCUCCAAGCUCGAGGAGCAGCUCUAUCCGAUCUUCAAUACGGCCUCGGACAACCCGACCGACCUGAGUGCGUUCAUCGCGACCAAGCUGAACCAAAUCCAGGCGGACAUCCGGGCGGCCGAACACGAACUCACCAAGCGGUUCGAAACGAUCGACCAGUUGGCCACACCGGAGGGCGAUUCCUCAACGUCGGAUUCCACCGACAAGGUGAUCCAGGUGAAGAACAGCCUCAACUCGAUCAAAACCAAACUGCACACGAUCGCGGCCGACUUCCAGGAGCUGGCCACCGUCAUCGACCGCUUCCUCCACGCCGUCCUCACCUGUCGGGACAACAUCAAGGAGUACUUCGCCAGCAAGCAAACCAUUACCGGACCGGACAGCGUCGAGUCCAUCACCAACAGCUACGAGCAGUUCAAGCAGAACACGAUGGAGUACUUCCGGAACCUGCUCCAGCAGAGCGAGCAGAUCAUCGACCGGAUCAAGGCCCAGGAACCGCCGGGCGCCAAGGAGCAGGACACGGACAAGAUCAUUACGCUGCUGGAAAACCUCCGGACGUACUUUGAGUCGGAGACCGAGUCGGAGAAUUCGGAGCUGCGCAAACAGCACGCCGUCAUUGGGUUCGAUAAGGCGUUGAACGAGGUUCGGGGUGCGAUUCGGGAACGGCGCGAACAGGUGGACCGAGCACGGGGGAAUUACGGGGAGAAUGCGGACGGCGCCCGCGGGACGCUGGCGGCGUUCGAGGAGUUUGAGCGGGGAUUACAGGAUUUGGAGUCCAGAAUCGAGACGUUUGUGAGUUCCUCGCAGGGGUUGGCCAGCCAAUACCCGGAGACGUCGCAGUACGUGCACGCCGAAGCGACCAAGGUUCGCAACGAGUGGGCCGAUCUGGUCAACAGGACGCAGGAGUACCGUCAGCUGACGACCGUAUCGAUCGAGUACUUUGAGCUGAUCAGUGUGGUGGAGAAUAAUUACCGCAACUUGAAUGCCGAUCUGAUCAACGCAAACAACAAGUUGUCGAUCUUGAACAAUUCGGAUCUAGCGAAUGAUCUUGUUCAGCAGAUCGACAACAUCUUGAAGGUGUACGAAACCCAGCAGUUGGAUACGCUGAAGCAGAUCUCUGCGUUGUCCUCUAAGCUGUACGAUCACGACAAAUCCGUGGCGCUGUACAACGACAACUUGAAGCUGUUCCAGACGUUCUACAAGAUUAAGAACGACAUCAACGAACGUGCCAAAGAGCUAACCGAGCAGCAGCGAUCCCAAGAAGCGGAACAAAAUGGAUUCUGCGAGAUCACAACGACUACCACAACUACAACGCACAAUGGUCUACCGCAGCAGCAGUCCUUCGAUAUCCAGACCGUUGACGAAGCUCAGUACAUCCAGGAACCGCAGGAACCUCUCGUCAUACAAACCGUUGAGGAAUCUCAUAACGUGCAGAGCCACGAGGUCGUGACCACCGUUGAACAGCCACCGGCCACGCUAUCCGUCCCCCAGCCCCUGUCCGAUGUCUCCGUCCAGGAAGGUCAACGCGUCCAACUUCAGUGCGUCAUCUUUGGCCGCCCCGAACCCUCGAUCGAGUGGUUCAAGGACGGUAUCAGCAUCCAGAACAACCCGGACUACAAAACAACCUUCGACAACGGGCUCUGCACGCUCACGAUCGACGAAACCGUCACGGCAGACUCCGCCGAAUUCCUCUGCCGAGCGAUCAACGACGCCGGUAUUGCCGAAUCCGCCGCUCGUCUCAUCGUCACGGAGCCAACACCGCCGGGUCAACCCCCGCUAUUCACCCAGCAACUCAACAACGGAACGGCCACCGAGGGACAUCCCUUCCAGUACCGUUGCACCGUUACAGGUACGCCCACGCCGGAACUACACUGGUACAAGAACGAUACAUGCAUAGACACCUCGUCGGACUACAAGAUCUCGCACGACCCGGCCACCGGAGAGGCGGUCCUAAGCUUCGAGCAGGUCUUCCUGGAAGACCAGGCCCGCUACCGGUGCCGGGCGAGCAACGUGUGCGGAUCGGAUGAAACCGGCGCCGAACUGAGCGUCGAACCUCUAGAACCGACGGAAUACCCCAGCUUCCGCGCCCCGCUCUCCAACGUGAUGGCCCGCGUUGGCCAAAAGAUCAAGCUGGAAGCCGAGGUGGCGGGCAUUCCCCCGCCGGAGGUCAUGUGGACCCACGACGGGCAGCACUUUGCCAACCGGGAAGUUAAGUUCUUCUACGAAAACGGCAGAGCGCAAUUGGUCAUAGACGAGGCAUUCCUGAAGGAUGCUGGUGUCUACACGCUGACUGCCAAGAAUAUCGCCGGUGAAAGGUCCUGCUCGUGUAAUGUUGUUGUGAAGGGUCGUCUGCCAAACGAAACGUCCGAUUCCGAAUUAGCUAGCGCCAGCGACAUGGAACCAGUGAAGCCGUCCGUCCAGCUCCAGCUGAAGGACGUCGCAGUGUUUGAGGGCAAGCCAGUGCGCCUGGACUGUGUGAUUGUGGGCCAACCGGAGCCGGAAGUGAUCUGGUACCACGGGGAACGGCCCGUCAAGGAGUCCACCGAUUUUCAGCUGCUGUUCCAAGGCGACCACUGUUCGCUGGUGAUCCGCGAGGCAUUUCUAGAAGAUGCUGGCGAGUAUCGUGUGGUCGCUAUUAAUAGCGCUGGUGAAGCUUCGAGCAAGUGUAAUCUAAUUGUGACACCGCUUAACACUGCGGAACCAGCUGUGCGCCAGCCGGCCGAACGGGUCCUGCCCCCACUCGGUGCGCCGCCCAAGUUCGAACGACUCCUCAGUGAUAUCCUUGCGGCCGAGGGCGAAAAGUGCCAGUUCGAGUGUGCCGUCAGCGGAGAUCCGCGGCCGAACAUCAAGUGGUACGUGAACAACCGCGAAAUCGAAGAAAACCCGCGUGUGCAUUCGCUGUUCCGCGAGGACGGCGUGGUGAAGCUAGUGAUCGAACAGGUGUUCCCCGACGACAAGGGUGUGUACACGGCCAAAGCCUCCAACCCGUCCGGUGAGGCCAAGUGCUUCUCGAAUCUGAUCGUAAAGUCAAUUAACGCGCCCGAGUUCGAGUCCGUGCCGGCGUUCCUCAGCGAAAGUGUUGUGUGUCCGACCUUCAAGGAACUGUUUGCCGAUCGUACCGUGAAACUCCACGAGUCGACCAAGUUCGAGUGCAUUGUUGUGGGCAAGCCCCAGCCGAAGAUCCGGUGGUUUUUCAACGAUCAACCCGUGCACGGCCAUGAUUUCCUCGUGUCCACCAGUGGCGAUCGCCAAGUGCUCACCAUCCCGGAAGUGCUACCGGAACUGGCCGGCAAGAUCACCUGUUUCGCCGAAAACGAUGCCGGUCAUGCCCAGUGUGUGGCCUUUGUUGCCCUGGCCGAUGCCUUUGGGGCUCCGAUGAUGCAGCCGCAGCCACUGGUGAGCGCCGAAUCUAUGCUCCAGGUUGACCACUCCGGAUCGUCGUUCGUCACGCUCCAGAAGCAGGUCACCACUUCGUCCUCGUCCUACUCCUCCUCGACGGUCGUCGAGAAUGGAGUGUCACAGUCCGAGGUUCACUCGCAGUCUGCCCACCUGGACAGCUCGUUCAAGAAAGUUGGUGACCAAGCGCCGGAAAUUGCCCAAACCAAACAGUUUGCCCAGUUCCACCAGACCAACGACCUGCCGCCAGCGAUCCAGCAGGAAACUUCGAUCCUCAACAUCGCCAACAACAACACCACCGAGAUGCACGAAACGAUUAUCGCCAACUCGGGCCAAAUCAGCACCGGCAAGCCCGCCAGACGCAGCUCGGCACCGCGCUUCGUGUCGCCGUUCAAUGGCAAGAUCGUCGACCAGGGCGCCGAUGUCGUGCUCGAGGGCAUCCUCGACGGCUACCCGACGCCCGAAGUUUCGAUCACGAAGAACGACGUCGAGCUGCAGCCCGAUGGCGAACGCAUCACCGUUUCCUACUCACUCAACAAGAUCGUAGUCGAGCUGAAGAACGUGUCGACAAACGACGCAGGACGAUACACGGCCACAGCAUCGAACGCCGCCGGUGCCUCAUCUACUACCGCGGAUCUCGUCGUCAAGAAAUCUAUCUUUCCGCCCGUGUUCGGUCGACGUCUGCAGGCUCAGAGCGUCCGCCGUGGUGAUCGCGUGAUCCUUGCCGCCGAAGUGUCCGGUACGCCCGAACCCACCAUCACCUGGUUCAAGGACAACGCUCCGGUACAGGAAGCGCUGCUCCCGGGAAGCUACAGCAUGCAACAGGUUGGCCCUUGCCACAAGCUGAUCUUCGAACAGAUCGAUCUGGCCGACGCCGGCAGGUACAUGGUGCUUGCGAAGAACACCGGCGGCGAAGCCCAAAGCAUCGCCGACAUUGCCGUGCUGGACGCGGAACCCCAGCAGCAACAGCAGCCGAAGCAUGUCUCCUUUGUAGAUGUGCCGCAACCGCAGCCAACUCAUUUCGGUGAACAGCAACAGCCAGAAGCUGUUGACCCGCCUGGUGGCUACGCGUCGACCCGCCAGGAGUUCUCGACCGAGUCGAGCCUGCGCGGUCCCACAACCGAAUCGACCAUCGUGACGGAAACGCGCCGAACGACCGAGGCCACCAUGCGCAUGGAACACAAGAUCAGCUUUCCGGAUCUUCCGAUAACAUUCUCACAGCGCACACAAACGCCCACGAUCCCGGUGGUGUCGGCGGGAACGACCACCGAAACGACGGACUCACAGUCGGCCGGCACCAAUACAGACCGCGUCGCGACACGCACAGACGCCACACAAACACCAACACCGUUGCAACAGCAGCAGCAGGUUCAUAAGUCGGAAGCUACACAAACCCCUCCACAGGUGGCGCCCAAGCCGGCGGUACCGGAAGAACUCCCAACCGAAACCACGACCACAACCACAAAACGUAGUGCGUUCCACUUUUUCGAAAAAAUCACCUCGAACGGAACCCAGGAGGUUCCGCAGGCGCCACCACCACCACUCUUCAAGCCCAAAUCAUUCAUACCACUCAAACAGCCGGCGGUCGCAAUCGAUCAGACGCACCAGCUGGUAGGUGAAGAGUUGCAAAUUUACCCACAACCAUCACAACAGCAGGCCGAACUACUACAUCCUCAGGGCAUCACCGUACCCACUCCCCCGAUCUACCACCAAGAACCCCAUCCGACAAUCUCCGAACAGCACCACCUACGAACCCUCGACACGAACGUCCCCAUCCUUCCGAUCCCCAAAAUUAUCGCCCAAGAUCAGCAGCAACAACCAAUCUAUCGGCCACAGGCAACCACACCACACCUCGAGCGAGCACGCAGCUCCUCGCCACGACCAUCGGCGGAAGCCAUCGCAAUGGAGAGACUCUGGACCGCUCCAAAAACAUCCGGCUUCGUCACACUACCACGCACCAAACCAUCAUCUUCUUCUUGUUCCACCUCCGCUCGCAACCAUCCACUAGAGGCUAGUAAACGCUCAACGCCUAAAUCCGAAUUUCAGCCAGUGCAAAACAACUUCUAUACCCAGCAGCAGCAGCAGCAUCAACAACAGCAGCAGAUGUAUUCGUCCUUCUCGUCAUCUCAGCAGUUCCAGUCGUCGCAAAUGUCUCAACAGCAGUUCUCGCAGUCGAUGCAGUACCAGCCGUAUCAGCCGUACAAGCCGUCUGUUGAGCAACUCCAAGCUCCCCAACCGAUCCAGGCCCCGAUGCCUGUUUAUGCACCGCAACCGACCUUUGCUCCACAACCGCAACCGCAGCCGACCUUCGCUCCUCAACCGCAGCCAACUUUUGCUCCUCAACCGCAACCUGCCUUCGUCCCACAACCGCAACCAACUUUCGCCCCUCAACCUAAACCCGUACCGACCUACGCUCCGGCUCCGCAAACGCUUCCCCAGCCAUUCAAGCCAACGCCAGCUCCAGUGGCUCCGGUGGCCAAGUUUGCCCCCGCUCCGGAACCCGUUCCGGUGGUGCACCACUCCCUCGCUUCUGCUCCUUCGAACGUACCGUCCUUUGGACCGUCCUACAACCAAACUCCGCAGCCGUUCAAGCCACUCCCUCCACCUUCGAUCACGCCCAGUCAGGCGAGCUUCACGUCGGGACCGCCGGUGGAUUUCCCACCGGUCCCGCAGACCUUCAUGCCAGCCUAUGUCCCACCUCCUGUUCAGACCUUUACCCCGGCUCCCGCUCCCGUCGAGCCAAUCCCACAAUUUACUCCAGCUCCCGCUCCGGUUCAAGCGCCGGCUCCGGCUCCAAUGCAGCCACCGACGAACUUCCCGGAACCGCUGUACCAACAGCAGCCUCAGGAGCAAGUCUUUGGGCAGCAGCACAAUGAGUACGUGCACCACCAACAGCUGCAGCAGUACCACCAACAGCAGGUACACAUGGAGGAAGAGGUUUACAAGAAAAAGUCCGUCAAGGAGACCAAGCAGCUAUUCGAGCAGACCAUCCGUCAGCAGAACGAAUCGUUAAACGAUCUGAAGGCUCCGCGCAUGAUCCAGCAGAUGGUCAACUCGCCGACCAAGGUUUGCACUCUGCCGCCCGACUUCGGCUACACCCCGGCCGAGAUUGGUCUCGAGCCGGGCCCGCAGCCAACGAUGGGCUACGCUCCGAAGCCCUCGAACGAACGCAAGAGCUCCUACUAUCGUGAGAAGAUCGAACAGUCGCUGUUCGAGAGCAUGGAUAAAGUGCCGGAACGUGUUCCGGCCGGCGGUGUCAAGAUUAUCCCGCCCAGUCCGCGCAAAAAGUCUAACCCGGGACAGUCGGAUACCGCCGGGAUGCCUCCUGCUUCGUUCGAGCAGCCUUCGGAAGCCAAGGCCACGCAGCCCAUCGCUAACGCUAACGCUGCGACCAAGAGCCCGUUCACGGCCACGGAAAGCGAGUGCGAAAGCGACAUGGACGUGAUGCGGAAGAUGAACGGAGUCAGCGGCUAUCUGGCCGACACGGAGGAGGUCCAGAAGACGGUUUCGUUUAGCAGCGAGCAGAAGAUCGAAAGCUUCUCCAAGUCCGAGAGCAGCGUGAUCGUGCAAAGCUCGGAAGUCGUCCAACAACAGCAGGAGCAACAGCAACAACAACAGCAAACCGUUGUCGAAUCGUCGCCGAUCGAGUCCAAGGUGGAGACGGUUGAGGACGCUGCUGCGACCGUGACCGAUGCGGGUGUCACUGCCGAGGCUCAACAGCCGCAGCAGCAGCAGCAGUCGGAGGAGCAGGUCGUCACCACCACUACAACCACCGCCGAAGCGGUUACCAAGGAGUCCGUUGAGGAGAUGAACUUCCUGGUUAACAACGAUCUGCCAGAGGAUCUGCAGCCGGUGAAGGUACUGCCGACAGAGGAGCCACUGCCGACGUUGAAGAAGGUCCCAGUGCCCGCUGCCGUCCAGCCGGAGCCCCAGCCAGAACCGGUGGUUUGUGAACCAGUGCCGGAGCCGGCUCCAGUUCAGCAAAAUGGAUUCUCGGCUGAACAGCACGAGAUCGAAGCUGAAAAGACCACGAUCAACCCGGUGUGGCAGCCGACCCAGGCCGGUGUCGCCUACAAGCCGGUCCACCCGGUAUUCAACCCACCGCAGCAGCACGAAACUGGACCCACCGUCGCACCGCCAUCAGUAUUUGAUCCGAUCGAAAAGCUCCCGCAACCGACGGCAGUCAGCGAGAUGGCCAGACCGCAACCAAUCAGCUACUCUACGCAACAGACUUCGUCGUCGCAGUCCUUCCAACAGCAGAAGAGUUCGUCCUUCCAGUCCUACCAGCAGCAGACCUUCGUCCAGCAACAGCAACAACAGGAGCAGCAACACGUGUCGUUCCCACCGGUGGAACCUGCGGGACAACCUGCUCUGUACUACACCUCGGUCACGGCUCAACCGGUUCACAACACGAUCGCGACUGAGACCUCCAAUACGCUGCACAUGAAGGAGACGACCGAGAGCAGCAACCGGGUCGUCAACAUGCAGCAAACCCAGCAGGUCAUCAGUCUGGGCCAUCAGCCACGUCCGGCCUUCGUGCAGAAACAGGGUCGCGACAGCGAUUACGACUCGGAUGGAGCUCGCAUUCGUCCGAUGUGGACCCCAAAUCCGUCCGACAGCGAUGAGCCACACUUCCGCAGUGUUCGGCCAAACUUUGCGUCCCGCUCGACCAGCCUUCCGCGCACCUACGAACGCAUCCAAACUCCGAUGGAAUUCGACACCGGCCCAGUGCUGAUGCCGACCAAGAUCGACGUAUCCGGAGUCACGCAACAACAGCAACAACAGCAGCAGCAGCAGCAAGAGCAAACCACCGAAACCGUCGAAGUCCUGCAAACGCAAACGCUCGAUCGCAAGUUCACCACGAAGCAGAUGGCUACCCAGCACAUGUCCACGUCGCGGGACGACAUGGCCAUCAAGGCGCACAAGGUGGCCCCCAUCAACUUCGUCCAGAAGGCCCAGAACCAGGCCGAAAGCAUGUCCCAGUCGUUCAAGACCAAGGCGUACCACUUUACCAACGAAGUGAUGACCGACAUGCGCAAGACCCCGAUCAAGCCGAUCCUGAAGAAUGCCUUCGGCCACCAGCAGGCCCCGGUCACGCACGUCCUGCAGCCAGUUCCGCAAACGCAAGCCCCACCAGCCACCAACGGAACGUCGACGCCACAAGCGUACCGCGAGGAAUCUCGGGUGUCCCAGUACGGCACCCGGCACGUCGAUCCGGAUACCGGAAUCAUCUACUUCAAGUACGAUUUUGGGUACGAAUUUGGCAUAAUCUUCCCCGGCGAGGGCCACCGCAUCGUGGCCGGCAGUGGCCACUCGAAGCGCCAACCUGCCACCACCUCUUCUUCUUCCGUAAAACAUCCGCGCUAUUUGAGUCCGACGCCGUUUGGGCCUUCCGGCGCCCAGUCCGUUGAGGUGCCGGUCAUUCACGAACGUACCCGGGACUACGUGCGCAAUUGUACCCCGUCACCGUUCCGCCGGUCGGCGUCGGUUCCGGCGUCCGAUCUGCAGGCUAGCCGGUACCAGCAGCGGUACAGCUACCCCGCGACCGGAAGUGGACGCUCCACGCCAAGGGUUACCCACUUCCGGCCGGUUUCGUCGCGGUGCACCACUCCAGACCAUUCGGCGGCGAGCGUGCCCACCCAGGGUAGCACCCGCUCGGCGACCAGCACACCGAAGCACCCCCAGGAUCCGGCCAUCGCCACCAAGCAGCCCCUGUUUGUUGCCCCCCUGAAGGACAUCGCGGUCGUUGCCGGCCAGCCGGCCCGUUUCGAGUGUAUCGUCGCGUGCGACGCCACCCCGGCGGUUCGCUGGACCAAGAACAACGUCCCGAUCGACGAGAGCGGCCAGCGGUACUAUCCGGAGUACCGGAACGGGGUGUGCCGUCUGUCGCUGCCCGUGGCGUACGAAGGUGACUCCGCUAGGUACUGCUGCGUUGCCGAGAACCACCUGGGACACAGCCAGACCUGUGCCGAUCUGACCGUCGUCGACAGCAACUGGAGAACGGCGUCUGCGGUGACGGAGUUCUAAGCGCGUUUAGAAAUGGAGAGAAAGAGUCUCGCAGUCAUGCCGCAGAGACGCAAACACGAACACUAGCCUAGGGUAGGAAGAAAAUGAAAGAAUAAAAACAUGAAGGAUCAGAAAGAAAAAUACACACGCACACUUUCAAACUAGAGGAGAAAUCGAUCACACAUAAUUCGAAAUGAAAUAAAAUUAUAUACAUAAAAAAAAAUCAAUCGAAAAAAAAACUAAAAAUCAAAUACACAACCAAAUUAUGUAGGGAAAAUCCAGAAAAGGAAACGAAAGUAAAGAAAUUUGUUUGUUUUAUUUUCACUUUAAAAAUUACAAUCAAUUUCAAAAAGCAAAAAGUAAGGUUUUUGAAAACUACUUUUUAAUGUAAAGUGUUGCUUUUACUCGUUGUCUAUUUAGUGGUUUUUUAUCAUUUCACUUAUUUAUUUAUACGAAUGUGAGAGAAAUGUAAGUUAUUUAUUUUAGUCUGUAAUUUUCUUUGACAAAUAAACAGAGAAAACUAAA